AUGGAAGACAAUGAUGCGGAUAUUGUCCCGGAAGAUACAUUUUUGUACUUAGUGCAGAGUGUAGUACCUGGCUCCAAGGCAGCUCAACUUUUGAACAGUUUUCCUGUUACCGCCGCAAAUUAUCCCAAAGCUAUCGAGCAGCUGAAAGAAAGAUUUGGUAGAGAAAACCUUCUGGUGCAGAUCUAUGUAAGAGAUUUGCUUGGGCUUAUUACGAAGAAUGCUACAACAGACAAAACAGCGUCGGACUUAAAAGUAUUUUACGAUAGUAUAGAAAAUAAAUUACGAGCGCUGGAAAGCUUAGGACGCACCAAGGAAAAGUUUGCGGACUUCUUAGGACCUUUAGUAGAGUCGUGCCUACCUGAGAAUAUUCUACGUGCCUGGGAGCGGAGUCGAACUUCUGAACAAAGACAGGAAAAGAGUUCUGAAAGAACGCUUGAAAAACUAAUGCGUUUUUUAAGGCAUGAAGUAGAAUCGGAAGAAAUGAUUCGAUUAGCUCAAUCAGGAUUUACUCACCCUAUUUAA